GAGAAUGAGCCGUCUGCUGUUACCAAGGCAACGCGAGAAGAGGGAGCUCAAAAUGGCGAUCGGCCCCACAAAACAGCAAAGCAACACUUUUGUUAUUGUUGAUCAUAAACACUAAGACCAUAUGGAUAAAUAAUAUCUUAUUCGCGCAUCAGUUGUUGCACACGCAUAGCGUUUCUCAGCCAAAAUGGAGAAGGAGGAGACAGCACUGGCUUUAAUCAGAUAUUAUUGCAACGAAAAAUAUUUCAACCAUGCUGUGAACGCUGCAGCAGCUGCUCUGACAAAAUUCAGAGGUGACCCUGUCCUCAGUUUCUUCCAUGGAUAUGGCUCUUUAAUGCAAGAUUCAAUUCUAGAAGCUACAGCAGAGUUGCACACACUAAAAGAUGCACGAGAUGUGUCUCUGUGCACUCUAAUGGCACUUGUCAACAUUGAGAAGAAAAAGACAAAACCAGACAGAGAAGUUAUACAAGAACUUGAAGCAAAAAUCAAGGAGGAUCGCAAAAGCGCGUCUCCUCAGAGUCUUUACCAUGCUGGUGUGUUUCUCUGGCUAUUAGGCCGAAAUGAUAAAGCGAGGGAAUACACAGAGCGAAUGAUCAAACUCUCCAAUGGCUCCAAAGAGGGUAUAAUCCUGAAAGGAUGGAUAGAUGUGACGUGUGGGAAAGAUGCAUAUGCCAGAAAAGCUGGAAAAUACUUUGACGAAGGGCUGAAGGACGGACCAGAUGUUUUUGCUCUGAUGGGAAAGGCACAAUACUAUGAAUAUCGUCAGAACUAUUCAGGAGCAUUAGAUGUGGUUAACAAGGUCAUUGCUAGUUUCCCUGGGUUCUUGCCUGCUCUUAUUAAGAAGAUGAAACUGUUUUUAAACCUCCAAGACUGGGAGCAAACCACAGAGGCAGCAAUCAGACUUUUACAAAUGGAUAAAAACAACCUGGACGCACUACAGAUGCUAACACUGUAUUCCUUAUGUAAAAAUGGAGAUAUUGCUGAGUCAACAAAACAUCUUUCCAACCUCAUCAGCAGUCUGGACAUGUUUGAACCACGCAACCCAGAGCUUGUUUAUAGAAUGUCUCUUGCAUUCACCCGAGUUUGUGGACGAAAUGAGAAAAUCCUGGAGCAGGUGUUCAGAAUGGUGGAAAAAGCCUACUACAUGACAGAAGGGAACUCGGAUUUAGCCACGGAGUUGGGCUACCUCAUGGUUCUUCAGGGUAAAAUCAAGGAGGCCAUAAAGUGGUACAAGACAGCUAUGACUUUGGAUGAGACAAGCCUCUCUGCACUGACUGGUAUAAUUCAAUGCCAGCUGAUAGAAGGCCGCCUUGAAGAUGCAGACCAACAACUGGAAUUUCUUACAGAAAUUCAACAAUCCAUAGGAAAAUCAGGGGACAUCCUCUACCUGCGUGCGCUUGUAGCAAUUAAAAAGCGCCACUCCCAGGAAGAGGUAACCAAGCUCCUGAACGAUGCCGUGGAAAUCCAUUUGUCUACUCUCCAGGGUCUACCUCUGGGUGCGGAGUACUUUCAGAAGCUGAACCCUGACUUCCUGUUACAGAUUGUCAAGGAGUACCUUGCUCUGUGUCCCACUAAGCCUCCAGCUCAGGGCCUGUCUCCUGCUCCGCAACUCAGGCACUGUGCUGCAUUGUUGGAUACAGUGGUCAAGAUAGUGCCAGGCCUCCUGCAAGGGGUCUUCCUGCAAGCCAAAGUCAGAUAUCAGUCCGGUGAUGUUGACGCUGCUCAGAGCAGUCUACAUCACUGCCUCGAACAGUGUCCUUCUCAUACGGACUCUCAUCUGCUCAUGGCACAGAUCCACUUGUUGCGGGGUAGCUUUACUUCGUGUUCCCAGUCGCUUGAACUCUGCCUCAGCCAUAACUUUGAGAUUCGAGAACAUCCCUUGUAUCUCCUGAUCAAAGCCCAGGCAAAGAAAAAAAUCGGUGAACUGACUGAGGCUAUUCAAAUUUUGCAAAUGGCAAUGAGUCUUCCUGGGAUCUGCAGGGCUGGAUCAUCAGCUAAGUCCAAAAACAAAAAGAUCGACCUGAGUUCUGCUGACUGUGUCUCUAUCUUCUUGGAGUUAGCUGAGGCCUUGUGGCUAAAUGGAGAACAGCAUGAAGCAGCCAAGGUGAUGCAGGACGCCAUCAAUGAGUUCUCAGGGACACCCGAAGAGCUCCGUGUCACUAUUGCCAAUGCAGACCUGGCUUUGCUUCGAGGUGACACAGAGUUGGCACUGAGCAUGCUCAGAAACAUUACACGUGAGCAGCUGUACUACAUCCAGGCCAAGGAGAAAAUGGCAGACAUAUACCUCAACCACAAAAAGGAUAAGCGUCUGUUUGUGAGCUGUUACAGGGAAAUGGUGGAUAAGCUACCUGGUCCUCAGUCAUGUGUCUUACUGGGGGACGCUUACAUGCACAUUUUAGAGCCAGAAAAAGCCAUUGAGGUAUAUGAGCAUGCUCUUGAGAAAACCCCCAAAGAUGGCGCUCUUGCCAGCAAGUUUGGGAAAGCUCUGGUCAAGACUCAUUUUUACGCCAAGGCAAUACAUUACUAUGAAGCUGCACUGAAGUCUGAGCAACAGAAUUUCUUGCGCUAUGACCUGGCUGAGCUGCUGAUGAAGAUGAAGCAAUACGAGCGCUGUGAGAGACUUCUGCAUGACUCUCUCACCCGUGAACCAGUGAAUGAACUGACCGCCCUCUCAGAUGAUUGCCGCUAUCUAAUGCUGUUGGCAAAGGUCCAAAAUAAGGUUGAUAAAACAGAGGAAGCGUUAACAUCCCUACAAAGAGCCCGAGAUGUGCAGGCGAAGGUGCUAAAGCGCGUGGAAUUGGAGGAGCCUGACGCCAUCCCCAUGCAGAAGCAACUCGCUGCCAAGAUCUGCGCUGAGAUCGCUCAACACUACACUAGCCAGAGGGGCUACGAGAGAGCAAUCAAGUUCUACAAAGAAGCUCUUGUUUACUGUGAGACGGAUCACAAGGUGAUGCUGGAGUUGGCCCAGAUUUUCCUUACCAUCGAUGAGGUUGAUUCAUGCCAGGAACAAUGCAGUGUCAUCUUGAAGAACGACCAGUUUAAUGAAGAUGCAACCCUGAUGAUGGCUGACCUUAUGUUCAGGAGACAAGACUAUGAGCAGGCUGUCUUCCGCUAUCAACAACUCUUGGAGCGUAAGCCAGACAACUACCCAACUCUGUCACGUCUCAUUGACUUGCUGAGGAGGGCAGGGAAGUUGGAAGAUGUGCCCAAAUUUUUUGAUAGGGCAGAGAAACGUUCUUCUCGGGCCAAGUUUGACCCUGGUUUUAACUACUGCAAAGGACUUUAUCUUUGGUACACAGGAGAACCUAAUGCUGCUCUGCGACACUUCAACCAGGCACGGAAAGACAAUGAUUGGGGUCAAAACGCAAUUUAUAACAUGAUUGAAAUCUACCUAAAUCCUGACAGUGACACGAUGGGAGGAGAAGUAUUUGAGAAUUUAGAUGGGGAAGUUGGGAACUCAACAGAGAAACAAGAGACGGAGCAGGUUGCAGUGAGAACUGCCGAGAGACUUGUAAAGGAGAUAAAGCCGCAGACACCCAGUGGACAUAUACAGCUCCGUAUCCUGGAGAACUACUGCUUACUCGCUACUAAACAGAAAGGCAAUAUAGAGAAAGCUCUUGCUGUUUUCACAGAGUUUGCAACCAGUGAGAAAGACCACGUGCCAGCAUUGUUAGCCAUGGCAACGGCAUACAUGAUGCAAAAACAAACUCCUCGAGCCAGGAACCAACUGAAACGUAUAGCAAAGAUGACGUGGAACAUUGUCGACGCCGACGAGUUUGAGAAGAGCUGGCUGCUCCUGGCGGACAUCUACAUCCAUUCAGGGAAGUACGACUUGGCAGAUGACCUCCUAAAGAGAUGUCUCAACCAUAACAAGUCAUGCUGUAAAGCGUAUGAGUAUCGGGGUUUUAUAAUGGAGAAAGAGCAGGCAUUCCGAGAUGCAGCAUUCAACUAUGAACUGGCCUGGAAAUAUGGAAAUCAGUCCAACCCAACCAUCGGAUACAAGCUCGCUUUCAACUACUUAAAAGCAAAGCGGCAUUUUGAUGCCAUCGAUGUUUGCCACAAGGUUCUUGCUGCUCAUCCAAACUAUCCAAAAAUGAGAAAGGACAUUUUGGACAAAGCUCGUGGGGCCUUAAGACCAUAAGAUCUUGAACGCCUGUUAAAUUGUAGAUAAAUGUCAAGAACACUAAAACUUUGGUUCAAUGUUUAAUGUUUGGUUCAUUUUGCAGUUACUUUGUGGAAAUUAAUCCAUGCAGGUCACAGUGGAGUUACUGUGGAUAUAAAGUCGACACAUCGCUAUUGAAAUGCCAGAUUUUCUUUUUUUUUUUUUUUUUUUUUUUUUUACAAUAUAGUAUAAAAAUCUGCCAUUUCAAUAGGGGUGUGUAGACUUUUUAUAUCCACUGUAUAUACCCUGUUGUAAAACAGGGGGAUCAUGUAGUUAUAGUUAGUUCUUUCUUAAGCAUAGUUUAAUAAACUUUAAAUUCAGUAUUAUUAUUUUUUUAUCAUCAAUCUCCAAUGUUAAGGAAAUAUCCAAAACACAAUAAAUGAAGAUUAUUUUUGUA